UAGACUGGCUGGUAACAUUCCUUCUAUGCAUGUAUGGAGUUGCGUUUCCCUUACUGUACCUUGAACUUGCUUUGGGCCAGUACACUCAUUCUUCUGUUCUCUCAAUUUUUGAUCGUAUCGCGCCUAUUGGUUUUGGAAUUGGAGUUUCUGCUUUAUGGGCAGUUUUGAUGAGUGUGAUAAUUGGGUCUUACUUUCAAGAAGUUGUGCUGACCCUCUUCUACGCCUCUUUUGACUUGUUCACAACUGAACUGGCCUACGACAAUUGUGUGGGGAGGUGGUGUAGAGCAAAUUGCCAGAAGAUUAAAAGGAGGUGUGAGGAACUAGGCGAGGCUGGUCAUCUAGAAGGCUACUCAUACUCUGAGGAUUUUGACACGACAAGACACUCGUACAUUGGCGUUGGAGAUACAUGCGUUCACAACGAAAUCAAAUAUUGGAACAAAGUCUACACAGAUGGGCAAGGCUCCUUUAUCCACAGUCUGCCAGAAUUGCAUUUUAGUCAUGCUUAUUUCGAAAACUACACCACGCUCGAGCUGUAUUCGUGGCCACAUGUGUCUUCACUGGCAUCAGCUAUUACAGCUGCGUGUGCAAUGGCUUAUAUCCUUUCCCUUAGAAGACGUUGGGUUGCUUAUAUAGCCUACAUCUACAUGUCCUUGAUGUUCACGGUAACAGUUUCGAUAGUGGUGAUAUACGCGUACAUGGAUCCACCGGAUUACCCUACGUCUCAUGUUUUUGAGAAGCCUUUGAAAUUCUUUAACACCGAAACUUGGUUGACUGCGAUAAUUAUGGCGUGUCUGUGUUUGCGACUUGGCUAUGGUGGUAUGAUCUAUUUAGGUUCUCAAAAUUCAUUCCACAACAAUGUUCAGACGGAUGCGAUGGUGAUCACGAUCAUAGUCUCGUUUAUUUAUGUAUCACAGGCCAUGCUUCAUGCACUCGUGAGAGAUGCGUUUCUUCUUGAAGCAAUGGGAGGCGAUCAUCAAGUAUUUCUUGCUACGGUCCAAGCAGCGAAUGACUUCACGCUCAAAUCAAAUCGUGCCGGUACGAAGCUUAUAGCUCUAUUUGCGGCCUCUUUUGAAACUUUUCGCAACAUGCACGCACCUCUGGUGAUGCUUCUCGCAGUUUUCGGAUUUUUCUCCGCUCUAAUUAGAAAGAUGAUAUGCGUUGAUGUCAUCUACACGGCGUUGAUGGAUUAUUGGAGUUUUGUGCAAUCCAAGGAUAUACGAUCAUCGGUUAUUAUUCUCAUCUGCCUCUGCUCGACGGUUCUCGGCUUCAUUAGCUAUUGCGUGAAUUGUUUCGUAAUUGAUAUCAGCAUGGAGACGAUCGUCCUUCCGAAUGUCACUUGCAUUCUUAUUCUCGCAGAGUUAUUUGUGGUAUGCGGUCUAUAUGGAACAAGACGGUUCUCCAACAACAUUUCCACCAUGAUUGAAGGAAAACUAUCGGCCAUAGGAGGAGAAAACUGGGUCAAUCAGAUCACGGGCUUUAUAACGAUGGCAAUGUUGAAAGCUGUGAUUCCAGUAGCGAUCCUGUACGCUUUGAUCACAUACAUGGGAGCCGAUCGAACCAACAUGCAGUUCUACGAUGUAAUGUGGCAGUGCGUGCUGUUAAGUCCCAUAGGGAUUUGUGCGAUAAUAAAGGUUGCUUACUUUUAUCGACACAGAAUGAGUUACUGGCGAUUGUUUAUGCCCGACACAGAACUCUGGGGUCCAAGAGCGACAGCCAACCGUCUCUUGGCCGAGAAAAACGAGAAGCUUGUUCGGUAUUAGUCUUGUGCAUUGAG